CCCGCGCUCGGAGUCUCCGCGCUCCGGCGCUGGCCGAUGGAUCCCGAGGCGGCGGGGGACGAGCUGUCCCGCUUGCGCGCCCUCUUCCUGGCGUGCGACGCCAGCGGCUCGGGCCGCAUCGAGCGGGAGGACUUCGCUGCUCUCUGCGCCGAGCUCCGGGUGCGGCCGGCCGAGGCCGAGGCCAUCUUCCAGCGCCUCGACAGCGACCGCGACGGGGCCAUCACCUUCCCGGAGUUCGCCCGUGGCUUCCGCGGCGCCACGCGGCCGCAGCCGGGCUGCAGCGAGCCGGGGGGCGAGGACAUGGAGGAGGAGGAGCCGUCAGCGCCUUGGGUCGCCGCGGGGCUGGAGCAGCCCUGGAAGGACUUCGAGGUGCGGCUCGGGGACGAGGCGAGGUACAUCCCCAGACAAGAGCAGGUCAGUGUUCUGUAUCAGAACAUACACAUAGCAGAACCAAGAUUAAUCCAGCCAUAUGAGCAUGUCAUUAAGAACUUCAUCCAAGAGAUCAAACUUCAAAGCGCAGAGAUGGAAACUCUGGCCAUAGCGGUAAAAAGAGCUCAGGACAAAGCUACAGUUCAACUCAGUGAGUUGGAGGAAGAGAUGGAACUACGGAUACAGGCUGCAGAGCAAAAAGUUAAAAAGGAAGAGAAGCAAAAAGCUGAAGAAGCACUAAAUGAGCUGAAGCGCCAGUAUGACAGUGAAGUUGGGGAUCUUCAGGUGACAAUAAAAAAACUUAAAAAGCUGGAGGAGCAAUCCAAAAAUGUCAAUCACAGGGAAGAUAUAAUUGAACUGAAAAAAAGAAUGCAUGAUAUGUUGCUGGAAAAUCAAAGACUUAAGAAAGAUCUUUUAGAAGCGCAGACAAAUAUAGCUUUUCUACAGAGUGAAUUAGAUACCUUGAAAAGCGAGUAUGCAGAUCAGUCUUUGAACACUGAGAGGGAUCUAGAAAUCAUCCGAGAGUAUACUGAAGACAGAGAUAAUCUGGAAAGACAAAUUGAAAUACUUCAAUCAGCUAAUAGAAAAUUACAUGACAGCAAUGAUGGUUUAAGAAGUGCACUUGAAAACAGUUUCAGCAAGUACAACAGAUCAUUGCGGUUAGCAAAUACCUCACCAGGAAGUACCAUUUCUAGAAGCAGUCUUAAAUUUAAUGGUGAACAUUCUCCUUUAAACCCACGGUAUGACAGGUCAUCUCAUUCGUCUUGUGUUGAUGAGGAUUAUGAUUCUUUAGCCCUUUGUGAUCCAAUGCAAAGAAUGAGCUGUGAAGUUGACAGCUUACCUGAGAGCUGUUUUGACAGUGGUUUGUCUACCCUGAGAGAUUCAAAUGAGUAUGAUUCUGAAGUGGAAUAUAGGCAUCAAAGGAUUUUUCAAAGGUCACAGUAUAUGCAAGAAGGCUUUGGUGGUGAUGCUUCUGAUACAGAUGUUCCAGAGAUCAGGGAUGAAGAGACGUACAGUCCUCCUAACAGCACAACAGUUUUAGACUGGAAGCCCUCACGACCCGUUAGUCGAAGCAGCUCAGUUGCUUCAACAAGGAAGCACAUAUCUGCUCUCACCCCUCAGUCAGAUGCAACUGAAUGCACUCCAAAAUACCCCAGUUCAGAGAAGGCUUACAAGAUUGUUCUUGCUGGAGAUGCAGCAGUGGGAAAAUCCAGUUUUCUUAUGAGACUUUGCAAGAAUGAAUUUCAAGGCAAUACCAGUGCAACUCUGGGUGUGGAUUUUCAAAUGAAAAGACUAAUUGUUGAUGGAGAACCUACAGUGUUACAGCUGUGGGACACAGCUGGGCAGGAGAGAUUUAGAAGUAUUGCUAAGUCAUACUUCAGAAGAGCAGAUGGUGUCUUACUACUAUACGAUGUAACAUGUGAAAAAAGCUUUAUUAAUGUGAGAGAAUGGGUGGAUAUGAUAGAGGAUGCAACUCAUGAGAAUAUUCCAAUUAUGAUGGUGGGAAACAAGGCAGAUCUCCGUCAAGAUGUUACAGAACAAGGGCAAAAGUGCGUGCCUAUAAACUAUGGAGAAAAGCUGGCUAUGACUUAUAAUGCGCUAUUCUGUGAAACAAGUGCUAAAGAUGGGUCUAAUAUUGUGGAAGCAGUUCUUCAUCUUGCUCGUGAGGUGCGAAAACGAAGUGAUAAUCAAGAUGACACAAGAUCAAUAACCAGCCUGGCUGGGACACCUGUCAAAAAGUCAGCACUCACAAAAAACUGUUGCAAUGUUUAAAUGACAGAUAAUUUUCCUGAGCUAAAUAACCUGUAUAUUUUUAAAAACUCCAAGCCAACAACCAAGCUGAAAUAUUUCAGAAGUAUUUUCUUUUUAUUAUGGAUUUAUACAUUUGUAUAUUUAGAAGCUACACAUAAUGUUCAAAAUCCAGACUCUACUUUCUAUUAAUUCAAAUUUGUGAAAUUAUUUCAUCCCAUAGACUCAGCUUUCACCUUUCUUAAGGAGUAUAAUUGAGUGCAAUGAGCUCAAAAUCAAUGCUACAAUAGUCACUGCUUACAAUAUUGUAAUAUAUAUUGUUGUGUCUACCUGCAUGUUUCUUUAUGGCAUCAGUAUUUCUUAUAUACUUAGUAAUAUCCAAUAUCAGUCACAGAUAAAGAAAAAAUUACAGCUUCAGUUAAUUUAAUCUCUUUUUGAUGAUGUCUGCUUAUCUAGUUUUUUACCGUCUUAAGUAUAUGUUGGUGAAACAUUUCUUUGGAAAACUCCAAACUAUUAAGGGUUGCCUAGGUCCAAGUAAUCCCUAAGUUUAGGGGAACCAGAAUGGUCUUUGUCAGGAGAAGACAGUGGCAGGUGUAUGGUGUUUUGUUGUAGAUCUUCAAAAGUUGCCUAAUUAGAAUGUAUUUUGAGUGUUGGGGUCUGACUAAGAACUGAGAAGUAGACACUACGUCUGAUCCUACACAGCUCAGAGGUGUAAGAGACAGUCAAUUUAUCUGGACUGUUACAGUUCAAAAUUCCAGAGAGAAUGUAACACCUGUGAUAUGUGGGAUUGCUGAAAUGAGUUAUGAUUCAAUACCUAUCUUCUUGUUUAGGCUAGAUCAAUCUGCCUGUUUAGGCUUAUUUUUACUACAGAGCAAUAGGAGUUGUACUUUUUCUCUCAUUUUUUCAAGUAUCUUUUGUUCAGUCAGUAAUUUAAGGAUUGUAAUAGUACAUAGGAGUAUGAUUUAAUUGAUUUUAUAAUGCAUCUGUAUAAGUUUUAAAUCAACAGGUGAAAGAAUUGCUGCACAUGCACAAACAUUUGUAUAAAUUUUUCAUUAGAAGAGAAUCCUGGAAUGAGCAGCAGUCACCUUAAUGAGAGUACCUUCACCUGAUUUUAGACACAUUCUGAGAAACUUAGCAAGGGGUGGUAGCUUUAGGUGUCAGAAUCUCUAAAUACUGAGUUAUUAUUGCUUAAAAUCAUUCCCAAGAGUUCCAUAGGGUAGUAAAAAACUAUGGGCAUUUACACAGUUAGCAGUCAAAAUCCAGUUCUUAACUUUCACUGGUUUUGAUCAAAAUACGAUAGGACCUUUUCAGAGCCAGUAAACUGUUGUCUCCUCUGUUUCCAUUAAUAAAACAUCUCCAUGCUGAAGCCUAGUUCAGUAAAUCAAGCUUGGAUAAAGUUUUAUCAACUGAUGGAAAACCCAUGUGACUAGCAGCUGUUUGCUGCAUUUUAUCAGCACUAGAUGUGAGCACUGUAUGGCCUGUACUGGAUUAUCUCUUGUAUAAAAUGUAGGGGUCUGAGAAACAGGAUGAUUCAUAAUUUGCAAAAAAUGAAAAAGGAAAAGUGGUGUCUUUAGGCAUCCUUUCCAACCUGUAAUCAGAGCAGCUAAUCCUUGGGUAAUUAUUAGCAAUUUUUUUUUUUAACAGGAGAGAGAAAUCUAAUGCCAGAAUAAAUAAGACAUUUUAUUUCACUUUAUAACAGUGCAGGGUUAAGGUUAGGGUUAGGUUUGAAGACAAAACAUAUUUGGUGAGGGAUUUUUGAAGUACUGGAAGAAUCUUCACAUGCUACCUAAUUCCAUGCAGGAGAUUUCAGGGUUGUAGCAUCUUCCCACACAGCAGUACAGGAGGCCUCAGAACAGUAGUUCUGAGACUCAUCUGAAGCAGGUGGCAGAGAAUGCAGAACACUCAGAUGUAUCAGGAAUAUGCCUAAUCACAUACAUAAUGUUUGCUGUUAACCCUGUAUUAUUUUAAAAAAUAUAAAUACAGCUUCAGUUAGCUUCUUAGAGGAGAAAAGUCGAAUUUAAAUGACUGCAUUGAUGAGGGCCUCUUCUGUGUUCUUUGUGUGAACCCUUCCCUCUGUCCAUAUGAGUGAAAUAGAAGUAAAAUUAAUUUGGGAUGUGUUUGAAAUAGGGAGAAGAGAGGAAGAUGACACAGUGCUUGGUUUGUCAAGUGUGAGCCUUCAACAUGUAGGUAUUUGCAUUUCCUCAGGAUAGGAUCAUGAUUACACGCUGUUACUUACAUUCCAAAAUGUUUCUCCUUCAGUGUUGUUAAUGUGGAGAACCUGGAAUGGGAGUGUUCUGAGUCUGUGUCCUGUGCUGCUGUUUUUUAGCAGCUCUGUGGUCUUGGUCUGCAGUAAAUGAGGUGCAAUGUUUGCCUAAACAUUACUGGCACACCUGCAUGAGCAAAGUGUUUUGGCUGGAUACAGAGAAUCACAUAAAGUCAUUUAUAGGAAGGAUUUCUGUAAAUGGUUUUGUCCAACCUUCCAAGGACCCAAGCAGAGAUGGACUUUCCGCAGCCCUAGAUUUGGUUAUCUGUGGGGUUUGGGUAGCCAGCCUGUGAAAAUACCUCAAGAUAGAGGUACUACCACCACUCUGGGCAACAUGUUCUUAUACUUGUCCUCCUUUUCUGGAUAAACAUUUCUCUUCAUGUCCAACUUCAGUUCCCCAAAUGACUACAAAUUUAUAACAGUUUUGCCCCAUUAUGUCCUCUCCUGCUUUGAACAAGAAUUUGACUACAAUCUUGGUGACUUCCCUUUCAGUAUUUGUAGAUAUCCCUUGACCUUCUCUCCACCAGUGUAACAACAUCAGGAGUAUCUCUUGCAAAGUAUCUCUGGGUUCCACAUCCCAGAAUUAGUGGCAUGUGUGCAUGUGUAGUAAUUACUUUCAUAUCUAAUUUUUUACUAUACAGAGGUUGCCAUGUGAAUUUCCAUGUUUGUAGAGAGGCUGGUUGGAGGAUGUGAGUUCAGGUGCCUUCACACCAGUUUUUCCCUCUCUGCCAGCCACUGAUGUUUUGGUUACUUUUGUUUUUCAUUUAUUUUAAUAGCCAAAAUCUAUCUUAUGUUAUUCAGCCAAAUUAUGUAGCCGGAAUUAAUUUAUUAAGUUCUGUAAUUUUUUGUGUUAUGUAAAGCAACUGUAAUUUGAAACAGUGUUGUUUUCUAAAUAAGAUUCAGGGUAGAAGGUUGUUAGCUCUUAAUGAAGUUUUACCUUCGAGUAAAUUUAUGAUCAAUGUCUAGAUGACUGAAAAAGCACUAUUAAAUGGGGAUAUAGCUAUAGCUCAGUUGAAACUUGUUUUAGAAAUCCUGUGAUGGUAAAUCCAUCAUGUCCUGAAUGUUCACAUAAUACCAUGUUGAAUUCAUGUUAAAGCAAAACAACUUAGAAAAAUAUUUAAAUCUAGAAAUUAAAGCAUGUAUUUAUAUAUGGAAAUAAUGAAUGCAUAAAUUUUUCUGUUGUUUUACUUUAAAAAGUUACCUUGUCUUCAACCUAAAAGGUAAAAUGCAAACAUCGGACAUGGUUGCACUAUUGUCCUUUGAAUGUUUUUAUGUUUUUUUUCAGUACAUAAGAACUAUUCAUUUAAUUGCACAAAUUUAUUUUUUUAGUUAGUGGAAG